AUGAUGGCAAUUUCUGGAAAAGUACAGUCAAUCCGAGUUUUUCUUCUUUAUGAUGAAUAUAGCCUCGGAACAUGUCACACUUUCGCAAGAAUCAGUACUUGCGAGCGAAGUCUAUCGCCAUGUAGACCCUUUUAACUUUUUCAAGACAUUUUUCAAGGAAGGGUUGCGUCCAGAUGGACGUCAAUUGAUGGCUUAUCGCACAGUAAAAGUUGAGAAUCUCAUGAAUAUUGGCGAGGUUGGCAUUAAUAGAAGUUUCACGAAUGACAUUCUCAUAUCCUCAAUAAUUUUGAAUGCCGGUAACACACAUAUGCACUGCUCUAUAUCGGCAACUUUAGAACGUAACAACAAACCCAGAACAUCCCCUGAGUUGCUUAAGGAUCUGGUUACUGUUUCGUUGACUGUAUCAAAACAUGCCACUACUGAGAUUUAUGACGUUAAUGGACCUUGCAUUAACAUAUCUCAUCUUGUUUCCAACCUUUUGGAGAACAUUUUAAACUCAUCUGAUGUUUUACCAAGGGAGCAAUUUGCACUAGACUACCUCAUGAAUUCUAUAGAUGAUCCAAUCGCAAAGCAGAUUGUAAAUUCCAAGUUACGUUGGAAACUAAAUGUAUCGGUCAGCUGCGAAGAAUACGAUGGGAAUAUUAUGGAUUGGUCUGUUUUAUCAGUAGUUUAUGCAUUAUUACAUUCCAAGUUACCGAUUGUUUUCUUGAGUUAUGACUCGCUUUUCAAUACAUUUCAACCACAAUUGAUCACUCUUAAAUCUGUAACGGACGGAGAAAAGGAACAUUUUAGACGAAAUGCUCUAUUUUUGAAUAGACAAUUACGUUGUAGUGAUUAUCAGGACGAAUUUCUAAAGUAUGUUGGAGAGGAUCAAUAUUUAACAAAAAGACUUGAAAUUAGCUCGCUUCCGUAUACUAUCACGUUUUGCAAGUGUAUGGAGUACAUAAUCCUGGAUCCUACGCGUGAAGAAGAACAGAUUGGCACUAAUAUUUCCGUUUAUGCAAAAAAGAUCUCAAAUGAAUUGUCUAUGGACAUUGAUGAUGAAAAUAUUAAAAUGCAGCUACUAAAUUUGAUGGGUUGCACUGGAAUUUCAGAUGACGAAGUGAAUAAAUUGUUUAAAAUUUCAAGGAGUAUUAUUAAUAAAUUAUAA